CCACUGUUGAGUAGUCUCAGCUCCGCACCGCGCGUCGAUGGAUGUGUCUUCGUGUCUGCUCUCCGCUUGACGUCGCGUCGCCCCGACAUUUUCCCGGUCCCCAGUGCUUUCCCCCUUUUCCCGGUUUUCCCCCGACGCUUACGACAUUUUUUCCGUUUCCCCGAGAUCCUUUUCCCGGCCAGUUCGAACCAUAAGGUGUAAAGUUUUCCCCGGGAUCGGUUGUGGUUUUUCGAAUCGGUGCUCGUCCUACGAUCCUCUAGAAUCUGUGUUUUCCCUACGUGUUAUGGAAAAGUGCUGUUCACGUUGAUACACUUGCUCGGUGACACUCGGAUGGGAUAGCCUCUCGUCGAGGGAUUUUGUGACAGUGUUGAAGUGAGUGAAUUGAAAGUGCGAUUUUAGGAUAUUUUUGGAUACCAAUUUUUGAAGAUCGUGCACAUAUCUUUGACAAUAAUACUGGACGGGUCAGCUAUUAAACCAUCAAGAAUCCAAACGUGAGCGCUGGUCUCGACAAAACCGGUGCACUCCAGACAUGCGGCACAAAAUCACGUCCUGGAAAAUGAAGUUCAAAGCAUCGGACCACGUCACCGAUUUCAAGAAAUGAUGUAGGGCCGACGACUCAGGCCCCGCUUCCUUUUUUUAUCAUUUUUUUUCUGGUGCCUCCUCUCUGCGGAAACUUCGGGAACCUCCGUCCUGAUGCUCAGCGGAAGCUGGAUUAAGGAGAGUUUCCUAAAUCGAAGCAUCUGCAAGAAAUGGGACGGGGUUGAGGGGAAGGACUCCUGCGGGGGGUACAUCGGCGGGGGCGGGGACGAGGACCUGGUGUUCAAGAUGCCGCCUCUGAGCACGUACAAGACGACGUCCACGUCGGCGUCCAACUCGUCGGACCGAAACUCGCACAACGACUCCAACUUCCGACUCAAGAUCAUGACCAACGGCUCGAGCCACAGCGGCUCGUCCCUCAGCGAGAACUUGACCCCGCGAACUUUUUUGGAGAAGUACUCGUUGCCGCGAGUCGUUCGGGUGGUGCCCCAGGAGCCGGUGGCCGACCUCCUCGGAUCCAACGACCCCAUCGCCCUCCUCAACGGCCACAUCCUCAUGUACAAGCAGUACCGGAGCGGCAAAGUCGAGGCCAGGAACUUUUCCGAAACUAGACUCGGACAUAAGCAUCUCAAUGGAAAUGAAUACGAUUCUCUCAUCGUCAUACCCGAUUCAUUCCAAGGCUGGUUCAGUGUAGUUACCGAAAGAGGACAAGUCAAAGCAAAAGCGUACAACUCGAUGAACAGGCUUGUCUCGGCACAAGUCACUUCGUUUUUGACAGUUGGCCCUGAUAUUAUAGCGUACACUCAAAAUAAUCGUACUAAUUCCGAUGGGAGUCGGCAGCAGUACUGCAAAACUACUGUGAAAAGUGGUCAAGUCUUGAAAUUGCUUGCAGUCUAUCAAGAUCUUGCAAAUCAGUCAACCCGAUCAAAACGACUAUCGUGGCCCUUGAUUGGAAGCCGGCAGGAGACUAACCGUUAUGCUCAAUGCCUCUCCUCCUCAAAUCAGGUUUUAUACAUACCCAUCUCAACGCAUGGCCAAUUUUAUGCUAUAACGACGGUAGCAAACAAUUCAGAGGAAAAUGUUAGUAAAAUUUACCAGCUUCCAAGGUUGCUGCGAACAUUUCCCCUCCCAGUUCGAGUCUGCAUUAUCUCAUCAACAAAACCUCAAGGGUCAAUGUUGCUUGAAAGUUAUCACAAGGAAGACGUGAUUUUGGCCUGCGUUCUUGACGGCGGGUCUACUCCUAGAGGAAGCCUAUCAUCGAAUGAUAGCAGAAAUAAGACUGAUCAAUACAGACUCCUAGAAAUCGACAUCAACUCGAAGUUUUUCAUCAUGAGGCCCACGGAGCACGAGUACGACGAGCUGCGUCUUUUCAAAUCUCCCAAAGUGCAGAAAGCCUUGCGGUUUUGCCACGAAAACGGCGAGAAGUGGUGCAAGCAGCUCAAGAUCAUCCAUCACAUCUAUCCAGAGAACGUGAUCAAAGAGCUGAACGCCAUCAACGAAAAGAGUCUCGAGAGCAACAAGAAAGAGAAGAAAUCAAGACGAGUGUCUCUAGGCGACAAGAAGACGGUCAAGUCUGCCUCCUUCAGAUUUUCCACCUCUUACGGCCCCGAGGAUCCACGACCCCUGUACAGAAAUCUCAACGCUCAAAAUGUAGCCUCGAUAGCGACCGCGGUAACGACUACCUCCACUACUAACUCGACGUCGACCUGUGAUUCGAAUUCCCUCUACCUUAAUCUCGCCAACCACAGACUCAUCCAUAAGAACUUCGGUGGGAACGAAUGUUUCUCUUUACCAAUGAUGAAAACAGAGAGGAACAUUUUCGACAACGAACUCUUCCGCUCCAAAACAAGUUCCUCUCCCUCCUCGACGAAGCAACCACCACCCCUUCCAUCGAAACCUCCCUCUUCCCGCGGCUCUAAGAAUUAUCUGAAUCCUCCCUCAUCACCCCCUCCUCCCCCACCUGUGUCAAAACCCCCGGCAGCCCCUCCUCAAAACAGUCCCCCUCUGCCUCCACCAAACUUCGUCCUAUCGAACAGCAAUAGCAAUAGCAGCAGCAGUCGAGUGAGCAAGCACAAUGAGAGUAGUCUACCAAAUGUAAAUAGCAUCAACUCAGGAUCCUCAAACGUAAACGAUAGUUUUAGUGAUAGCAACACUUUAAGUGCAAUGGAAAGACUGGAUAUGUUAACCAAUUCAUCGAGUAUAAAAUCAAGAAACGAAGACGCGGACAUCAGCCUAGCUUCCUUAGAUAGUUACCAUAAAUCCGAAAAACUUCCUCAGAGCAAUAACAGUGGCAAUCGUGGUAGGGACAGCAAUCCGAGCAGCAAUAAAAGUAGUUUAAAAUACAAUCACGUCAGUAGUAUCGAAAUCAGCAACAACGAGAAAAACAUUAUCAUAAAUAAUAGUAGUAAAAGUAGUAAGAGUAGUAAAACAAAAUCAGAUAAAGAGCUAGUCACGUAUUUAAACAAAAACAAUCAUGUUACCAAUAGCAAAAGUUCGAGCAACCCGAAAACCAAGCCAGAAAGAGAUAAGAGUGUGGAUCAAUCAAUUCGUGAUGUUGACAAGUUCAAAAUUGCGCCUGAGGCUGAUUUUAAGUAUAGGGUAAUUAGAAAAACUGUCAACAAUUACUCUCACCAGCCCACUCAAGAGCCAAUGUCCUUAGAUAGCGCUGAAAGACCCGUCUACAAGACACGGCUGUUGGUUCAAAAUGUUGAUUCAACCCCUAAAUCCCUAAACAUCCCCUACACACCGGUCAUUGAUCUACCUUUGAAAACCAAUGUCACAAGUAACAAUUUAAAAACUGAGAUCCCGUAUACGAAUGUUAAGGAUGCUAUCUCUCCCAAUGAGUCGGACGUUUCGUCUGGGUCAAGUGAGAAUGUUUACGCCGAAAUCGGCGAUGUUUAUCCAACCAAUGAUCGCAGGUAUUUUUCUUUCAACUACAACAAUAAAGCGAGGUUACGCCCGUUCAAAUUGGAUUACCAAAGUGGCGGUAGUGAUGGAUGUUUUUCUGGUACUAACUCGAGUUCGAAUAAUGAUGGAUCUGUAUGAUAGUUGUAAACAUAUCAUUUAGUUCAAAUUGUACAAAUUUGUGUGUAUAGUUGUAUUAGUCUUAAAGCUUCACUCAGUGAUAUUUAAGUAUACUUACUAAGAAAGGAUUAAAAAGCAACCUUCUCUUCA